CGAAUGUUUGGCCAGCUGUCAAAAUCGAGUGAAAAAGUGGUGUUUCAAAACGAGAAAAGGGACCGAGGCUCGGCAGAUGUGGGACGAUUUUCGGACGACGGCCACAAAUCGGUAAUUUUUUAUUCGAGGUAACGCGGAACCAUGAAGCUGCUGCUGCUGGCCAGUUGUUGGGCGUCCCUGGUCGGCCUGCUGGUGGCCUUCCCCGAGCAGGGCAAGUGGGACUUUACGCUGUCGACGGAUGGUCGAUACAUGCCGAUUCCGAAGUCGGUCUACGCCGGAUUUCGGAUUUACACGCAGAUAAGCUGCUCUCCGUUAGAUUCUCAGAAGCCAACAGUUCCGUUGCAAAUCUCCUGGAUGUUGCUGGAACUAAAAUGUUGGGAAGAAUACGUCCGGAACUCGGGCAACCCGCAGUACGACGAGUUCUUCUCGACGCCGAACCACUCCAAGGUGACGUCGGAUCCGAUCACGGAAUCGUGUACCUCCGGUGGCCACAUCAGCCUACCCGAGCUGAAGCUUAAGGAGGCCGUGGUGGUUCCGGACGAGAAAGCCCCGUCUCCGGCCAAAACGCGCCGUGAGGUGGGCCAGUCGGAACCGCACUCGAUCUUCACCAUCCCCAAGGACGGGCUGUACAUCUUCAUCCUGCGGAUCGAGUCCAAAGAGGACUACCAGGCGAACGUGCACGUCGAGAUGAAGGGCCCGAACGGGUUCCUGUCGGCCGUCGAUUGGCCGCUGCUGCCGUUCUACGGCGCCAUGUGUGGAGUUUACGUCAUCCUCGGCAUCAUCUGGCUGACGGUUUCGUUCCUGCAGUGGCGCGACCUUCUCCGGAUUCAGUUCUGGAUCGGCGGCGUCAUCCUGCUGGGGAUGCUCGAGAAGGCCGUGUUUUACGGCGAGUACCAGAGCGUCAACUCGACGGGAAUCCCCGUCAAGGGGAUGGUCCUGUUCGCGGAGUGGGUCUCCUGCGGCAAGCGAACCCUCGCCCGGAUGUUGGUUAUCAUCGUGUCGCUGGGCUUUGGAAUCGUCAAGCCCCGCCUCGGCCCGAUGCUGCACCGCGUCGUCGGCACCGGCGUCCUCUACCUGGUCCUCGCCUGCGUCGAGAGCUUCCUCCGGAUAAUGCACACCAAAAACGACCAACUCCUAGUCGCUAGCAUCCCGCUCGCAGUCCUGGACUCCGCCAUCUGCUGGUGGAUCUUCACCUCGCUCGUCCAGACCACGCGCACGCUCCGGUUGCGACGGAACAUGGUCAAACUCUCGCUCUACCGACACUUUACCAACACGCUCAUCUUUGCCGUGCUGGCGUCGGUCGUGUUUAUGCUGUACUCGAUCAAGACGCACCGCUUCGCGGACUGCCUGACCGACUGGAAGGAGCUGUGGGUGGACGACGCCUUCUGGCACGUGCUGUUCUCGACGCUGCUGCUGGUGAUUAUGAUUCUGUGGCGCCCGACGAACAACAACCAGCGGUACGCGUUCACUCCGCUGCUGGAUAAUCCGGAGGACGAGGAUGAUGACGAGGAGGAACAAUUUGUGUCGGACGCGUACGGCGUCAAGAUGCGCGGCGCUCGCAGCGCCUCCCCCAAGCCUAACUCGGCCAAGAGUCCCACCACCGAGGAGGACGACCUGAAGUGGGUCGAGGACAACAUCCCGGCGGCGAUUGCGGACGCGGCCCUGCCGGUGCUCGACUCGGACGAGGAAAUCGUCAACACCAAGUUCGAGGUGUCCAAGAUGCAAUAAACAAAAAACAUUUAGGUGGGGAGGGUUGGGGACAAAGUUGGACCGAAAUGCUUUCUUUCUUUUUUUUGCGGAAGAAAAAAAUGGUUUAGAUAUUUUGGUUUUUACAGCAAAAGAUAAAAAUCCGGACAAGAAAACAA